CAGCGGACAGCGAUUCGAUUACGUAGCACGGAUAGCGCCAGAAUAUUCAUUUCAAAAAAGUGCUAUACACGAAUACCACAGGGACUACGAAGAAAAUGUUAAAAGUGCAAAAUGCUGAUGAUGAGAUCGCAAUAUGGGCCGCGUGGCCUAAUGGAUAAGGCGUCUGACUUCGGAUCAGAAGAUUGCAGGUUCGAGUCCUGCCGCGGUCGUGUAUUUUUGUUUGUUUUGUUUAUUCGGAAUUGCUAUUUUAACUGAAGUGUAGCGUAGUUGUCAAAAUGUAUCGGAAAAACACAAAACUCAUACAAUAUGUAAGGUAUGUGAAGAAUCAAAGAUAUUUUAAGCCCAGUUUCCUGAUGUGGAUUUAAAAAAGUAGCCAGUGUCGCUGUCGGUCUUAUUUCACUGCAACACCUGGCUCGUUUCAGCGUUCAAAUACAGCCAUGCAAAACUGGUAUUUGCUUGGUAGAUUUUGAUUUGUACAUAUCUAAGAUCACGGUGCCAGUGGAGAUCUUUUUUGAUUAUUGUCCUUGUCGAGAUUGUAUUACAAACCCUCGGGUGAUUUAAACAGUUUUUAGCAGACGAUGGCGGAUGCAACUGAGGAUGUCGAGCUGGACUUUGCAGCUGACGAGCAGGAGAGGGCGCGGAGAAGCGCAGUCAUAAGACACCCCAUGGCCUCCUUUUUCCAUUUGUUCUUCCGAGUGGUUGCCAUCGUUGUCUAUCUGCUGUGUGAGUGGAUCAGCAAGAGCUUUGCGUCCUGUUUUGUCCUGAUCAUAGCUCUGCUCUCGUUUGACUUUUGGUCUGUGAAGAAUGUGACCGGCCGUCUGCUGGUGGGGCUGCGCUGGUGGAAUCAGAUUGACGAGGAUGGAAAGAGCCUCUGGGUAUUUGAGGCCAAAAAAUCCCGGAAUAGUAACACUGGAACCGAAGCAGAGGAAAGGAUAUUCUGGCUGGGCCUUAUCAUCUGUCCUCUCAUCUGGACUUUCUUCUUCUUCACCUCCCUCUUCUCUCUGAAGAUUAAAUGGCUGUCUGUGGUGGUAGCUAGCAUUUCCCUCCAAGCUGCUAACCUUUAUGGCUACCUACGCUGCAAGGCAGGCGGGCAGGAUGGCCAUCCUCCAGACAACCGCUCUUUCACGGGACAGCAGCUCCCCCAGCGUCCAGAUAUCAUCUUUGGAAUAUUAUAAUGCGCCCCCCCCCCCCACACACACACAUACACACUUGUGAGCUGCCUCUUCCCCAAGAUUUCCACUUUCCACAGACCGCAUGUUCCCAAAUGGCUUUGUGUGCUGUGUUGAGCGCCGUUUAAUGCUGUGAACUGUUUAUUGCACAUCCUGUCUGUGGAUUGGUGUUGCUAUGCUUAAUAAAAGAUAAAUCCAUGUUA